AUGGCCCGCCUUGCCUUCCACCCUACGCCUGCCACGCAGCGCCUUGGAACGUUCACCUUGAGCUCCGCCAAACGGUGGGCUGGUAGCCUCGGCUUUUGGGGUGUUGGUGCUGGCACUGCCGCCCUCCUGCUACUUUCUGUAACCCCGAAAGUCAAGAACGCGCUGUUGAUUAAGUUGCCUGUCAUUGGCGACCACUACGUAGAUAAGACCCCUGCGUCGGAUAAGCCGUUCUGA